GAGAAGAGCAGGGUAAAAGAGGGAGCCGUUUGUCCACAAGGAGUUUAGAGUACUUGGCACUAUUUACCUCAGUAGCCAUGGGGUCUCUAACGGGACCCUUGUGUCUGCUUCUGUUUUUCAUGGUGACCCUCCAGACCCCGUACCUCACCCACACGAAUAGGAUAAUCACGGAGAAACCGAGCCGCAUUGAUUCAUCUGAGAGGGUAAGAGCGCGAGUCGUCUCAGCGCUGGUCAGAGGAAAACAGAAGGGUGGCCGAUGCACGCGAUACAGUAUAUGUGAAGAAAAGGCUUGGAUUGAAGGAGCAUUUUCUGAUUGUUACACAGCACAAUAGGCUGCGCAGCGUGGUCACCCCCAUGGCCGCUAACAUGCAAAAAAUGGACUGGAGUGAGAAGCUGGUUCUACUUGCCCAGGAGAGGGCGGAGUCUUGCCACACAGACCCCUCUCCUCAGGACCAACAGCUCCGCCACAUUGGCUGGAACACCCAUCACUCAGCCCAUGCCACAACUUCAUUUGCUGAGGUCAUUGACUCAUGGUUCGAGGAAGGGAGGGACUUCAUGUACUUGAGUGAGCAAUGCAGAGAGAAUGCUACCUGCCAACACUACACACAGAGAACAAGCACUAACUGGAGGCUAAAUCUAUUCAUGGAAAAAUGAAGACUUUUAAGCAUAGGUAUUUAGGAAAUUGUAUCUGAGUUCCAGAGACCCCCAGGAACCCAUGUCGUAUGAGCUGUGGGAAGCAUGGUCGUCUGAACAUCUCCUCCUGCCAGUGUCAUUGUGGACCUAGGUUCACCGGACGAUUCUGUCAGGGUACCAGUCUAUGUGCCUGUUUACCAGUCUGACAGUCUACUACAGUCAUUAUUAUUUCUGUGUGUCUGACGAGCCAUGCUCUGCAGUGUGUGUGUUCAGGUAUCUCUGUAGGUGCAUCAUGGUCGAUAUACUGUAUGUGACUGUGUGUGUUUCAGUGCGCUGCAGUGUGAAGUGUGUGCACGGCCGCUACAAGGAAGAGGAGUGCUCCUUCAAGUGUGAUGUUGGUUAUGGGGGUGCUGAGUGUGUUGUUGGUUAUGGGGGUGCUGAGUGUGCAGGUGAGUGUGAUGUUGGUUAUGGAGGUGCUGAGUGUGCAGGUGAGUGUGAUGUUGGUUAUGGGGGUGCUGAGUGUGAUGUUGUUUAUGGAGGUGCUGAGUGUGCAGGUGAGUGUGAUGUUGGUUAUGGGGGUGCUGAGUGUGCAGGUGAGUGUGAUGUUGGUUAUGGGGGUGCUGAGUGUGUUGUUGGUUAUGGGGGUGCUGAGUGUGCAGGUGAGUGUGAUGUUGGUUAUGGGGUUGCUGAGUGUGAUGUUGGUUAUGGGGGUGCUGAAUGUGCAGGUGAGUGUGAUGUUAGUUAUGGGGGUGCUGAGUGUGCAGGUGAGUGUGAUGUUAGUUAUGGGGGUGCUGAGUGUGCAGGUGAGUGUGAUGUUAGUUAUGGGGGUGCUGAGUGUGCAGGUGAGUGUGAUGUUAGUUAUGGGGGUGCUGAGUGUGCAGGUGAGUGUGAUGUUAGUUAUGGGGGUGCUGAGUAUGCAGGUGAGUGUGUAUGUGUGUGGGAAUCAGAGUUGUGGUCAAUUCCAUUUCAAUUCCAGUCAAUUCAGGAAGUACAUUGAAACUUUACUGCAUUAAUUUAAAUGGAAUUGACCCCAACCCUGGUGGGAAUACGUUUAGGUAGCCAUUGUGAUACUGUCACACCAUUACUAUAAACCAGAAUGAACUCCUGUCAUCAUUGUAUCUAAGUCAAUGCACCCUCUCUUCUAUUAAGCUUCAGCCUGAUUAGAUUCAAUGUUUACUGUGUUAUCAAGCCAUAUGCAUCUCAGGGGUUUUUCUUGUUUGGGCAAAAGACCGUCCUCCGUCCUCUCGCCUCCAUCCUCUCACCUCGUAGAACUGGAAACCGAUAAGUGGUCAUGUCGUCGAGCAGUGUGUCAAUUUGUAAGUAGGAAGAGUGUCCUCCCCCCCUUGAUAGCCACCUUUCAUCGAGGAUACUCAUGUAUCCUACCAUGGAAGAGUUUUGAAAUCUGUCACACCCCCAUUUGAAUCAGCUUUUGUUUUGUCAGAGACUAAGAACAUGCACACAUUUAAAAACAAUAUGCUACGUAUUGUUUUAUCUAUAAAAUAUCUUCCACAACUAACUUAAUUAAUUUGGAUUAAUAUGAACGUUUUAAAAAGGAGGCGAGUGAGGACGGAGGAGAGAGGACGCAGGAGGUGAGCAAAUCGAAAUGAUAAAAGGUCAUAGUGUUUAUUGUGACCAGAAUGGACUGCGGUCUGUACACUAAGUUUGAGCCAAGAUGGAUGGUCAGUGCCUGGUGUCUCCUUUACUGAGGCCUAAUGUGUGUUGCUUAUGUUUCUGUAGAGAAGCAGCAGUUUCACUUCCACAGCUGUUUUAAUUUUAAUUUUUUAAUUUUACAAGGCAAGUCAGUUAAGAACAAAUUCUUAUUUUCAAUGACGGCCUAGGAACAGUGGGUUAACUGCCUGUUCAGGGGCAGAACGACAGAUUUGUACCUUGUCAGCUCGGGGAUUCAAACUUGCAACCUUUCGGUUACUAGUCCAACGCUCUAACCACUAGGCUACCCUGCCGCCCCAGGGUAGCCUGUGACGUGAGGAUAGAUGGAGAGUGCUUCAUGGUGUCUCCAGAGGUCAACACCUACUAUGGAGCCAAGACCCGCUGUCAGCAGCGAGGAGGGAUUCUGGCCCAGAUCCACAACCAGAAAGUUCAGGACAUCCUCGCAUUUUACCUCAGCCAGCUGGAGCCCAGCAAUGAGGUCACAGACCCUGACUUUGAGACACGCAACUUCUGGAUCGGGCUGACAUAUAAACCCCUGAAGGACUCUUUCCGCUGGGACUCAGGAGAAAUCCCCACAUACAACAGCUUCGCCUUUGGACAGCCUGACAACCAGGGCUUCGGGAACUGUGUGGAGCUGCAGGCUUCCAGCGCCUUCAACUGGAACCACCAGCGCUGUAAAACAUGCAACCGAUACAUCUGCCAGUACGGUGAGAGAACACAACUCUAUGAGAGACAGAAAGAGACAGAGGUGAAAAGAGAGGGAGGGGGAGAGAGGUGGAGAGAAACAGAGAGAUGCUGAGAUAUUCUAAUCAAGGAAAUCUGUCCUCAAAUUGCAUCCAGACUCAUUACCAUUAGAUGUAGCAUUCACUGAUAUAUCUUAAAACUCUCUAAACCUGCAGGUGGUUUAACAUUUACAUUUACAUUUAAGUCAUUUAGCAGACGCUCUUAUCCAAACACCUGUUGGACAUUGGCAUCACCAUGACAAUAUAUUAAGAGAGACUGACAGCAGCUCGUAAAAAUUCCUGACAGACAGAGCGGAGUUCAAACACUAUCGGUAGAAGUUACCAGUACACACAGAUCUAGGAUCAGCUUACUAUCCCCAAAUGCUGACCUUAAAUCAGCAUGCAAGGGAAAGAAAUCAGGACCCUAAAUCUUUACCUGGUCUCUCUGGCUGAUGGAUGCUGGAGUCAAAGUGAGUGUUCAGUAUAAAACCCAAGCAGAGAACACAUAAACACAUCACAGCCCUAACUCCUGAUCUGGGUGCAGUGUUUACCGUCUGUGUUUACGAGGGAGAGGCUGUGUGACACGGCCCACACAUUUUAAUGAUACACUCUGGAAUCAAUGGCACUCAGGGCUCCUCAUAAAGAGCCUUUUAGAGAUCGAUAUACGUCAGGCCUACAAUGGAACCAAACACACACACACAUUUCUCCCCUCUAUAAUUCACCAGAGUGAUGGAGUCAGAAUUGGAGGGUGGUAUUGUUUGUUUGGUUUUGGUUAAUUGUGUGCGUUCUAGGCAGGUGGCGAGCGCUGCAAUCUCAUAUUGAUCAUCCAGGGCCGUCCUAAUCCAGUCAGUGUUGCUGGACGUUUUUAACAGCUCACCGUUUAAAAGCUCUGAAUCUUGAUGGAAAACCAUAGGCUUGUUAGAGCGAGAAGCCUUUGUGUAGAGAAGGGUCAGUAAAGAGGAUUGGAGAGGUGUGUGUGUGUGUGUGUGUG